CACACCUCCCGGGGGCAAGGCGGAAGUGUGGGGGACGCGGCGGGGCUUGACUGGAGAGGCGAGGGCGCAAUGAGUGGUCUGGGCCGACUCUUCGGCAGGGGAAAGAAGGAGAAGGGGCCAACCCCUGAAGAGGCAAUUCAGAAAUUGAAGGAGACAGAGGAAAUACUGGUCAAGAAACAGGAAUUCCUGGAGCAGAAGAUUCAACAGGAGCUACAAACAGCUAAGAAGCAUGGGACCAAAAAUAAGAGAGCUGCCCUACAGGCUUUACGGAGAAAGAAAAGAUUGGAACAGCAACUGGCACAAACCGAUGGGACAUUAUCUACCCUGGAGUUUCAGCGUGAGGCCAUUGAGAAUGCCACCACCAAUACGGAAGUGCUUCGUACCAUGGAGCUGGCUGCCAAAGGCAUGAAGAAGGCCUACCAGGACAUGGACAUCGACAAGGUGGAUGAACUGAUGGCUGACAUCACAGAACAACAGGAAGUGGCCCAGCAGAUCUCAGAUGCUAUCAGCAGGCCUGUAGGCUUUGGAGAUGAUGUGGAUGAGGAUGAACUACUGGAGGAACUAGAAGAGCUGGAGCAGGAGGAAUUGGCCCGGGAACUGUUAAAUGUGGACAACGAGGACAAAGAACCCCCAGUCAAACUGCCCAGUGUGCCUUCGACACGUCUGCCUGCAGGGCCAGGACUUCCUCAAACGGGUUCCACAGCCUUAAGGAUGACAAUCCUAGGGCACCCUCGAAGUUGGAGCUGCCAGUGGUUGCCAUUCCUAAUGCUGUUGCUGGGCACAGACUACGGGCCGGGAGUGGAAGGACUGACACACUACAAAGCCGGCGACCCUGUCAUUCUGUACGUCAACAAAGUGGGCCCCUACCAUAACCCUCAAGAGACCUACCACUACUAUCAGCUUCCAGUCUGCAGCCCUGAAAAGAUACGCCACAAAAGCCUUAGUCUGGGCGAAGUGCUGGAUGGGGACCGCAUGGCUGAGUCUUUGUACGAGAUCCGCUUUCGGGAGAAUGUGGAGAAGAGAGUUCUGUGCCACAUGAAGCUCAGUUCUGCACAGGUGGAGCAGCUGCGCCAGGCCAUUGAGGAACUGUACUACUUUGAAUUUGUGGUGGAUGACUUGCCCAUCCGUGGCUUUGUGGGCUACAUGGAGGAGAGUGGCUUCCUGCCUCACAGCCACAAGAUAGGACUCUGGACCCAUUUGGACUUCCACCUAGAAUUCCACGGAGAUCGCAUUAUAUUUGCCAAUGUCUCAGUGAGGGAUGUCAAGCCUCACAGCUUAGAUGGGCUACGACCUGAUGAGUUCCUAGGCCUUACACACACGUACAGUGUGCACUGGUCUGAGACUUCAGUGGAGCGGCGGAGUGACAGGCGCCGUGGUGAUGAUAGCGGUUUCUUUCCCCGAACACUAGAGAUCCACUGGUUGUCCAUUAUCAAUUCCAUGGUGCUUGUGUUUUUACUGGUUGGUUUUGUGGCUGUCAUUCUCAUGCGUGUUCUUCGGAAUGACCUGGCUCGGUACAAUUUGGAUGAAGAGACGUCCUCUGGAGGGUCUGGUGAUGACUUUGACCAAGGUGACAAUGGCUGGAAAAUUAUCCAUACAGAUGUCUUCCGCUUCCCUCCAUACCGUGGUCUGCUCUGUGCUGUGCUGGGUGUGGGUGCCCAGUUCCUGGCCCUUGGCACUGGCAUUAUUGUCAUGGCGCUGCUGGGCAUGUUCAAUGUGCACCGUCACGGGGCCAUUAACUCAGCGGCCAUCUUGUUGUAUGCCCUGACCUGCUGCAUCUCUGGCUACGUGUCCAGCCACUUCUACCGGCAGAUUGGUGGUGAGCGUUGGGUGUGGAACAUUAUUCUCACCACCAGUCUCUUUUCUGUACCUUUCUUCCUGACGUGGAGUGUGGUGAACUCGGUACAUUGGGCCAAUGGGUCGACGCAGGCUCUGCCAGCCACCACCAUCCUGCUGCUUCUCACGGUUUGGCUGCUGGUGGGCUUUCCCCUGACUGUCAUUGGAGGCAUCUUCGGGAAGAACAACGCUAGCCCCUUUGAUGCACCUUGUCGCACCAAGAACAUCGCCCGGGAAAUCCCGCCACAGCCUUGGUACAAGUCUACUCUCAUCCACAUGACUGUUGGAGGCUUCUUGCCUUUCAGUGCCAUCUCUGUGGAGCUCUACUACAUCUUCGCCACGGUAUGGGGCCGGGAGCAGUACACCCUCUACGGCAUCCUCUUCUUCGUCUUCGCCAUUCUGCUGAGUGUCGGCGCCUGCAUCUCCAUUGCGCUCACCUACUUCCAGUUGUCUGGGGAGGAUUAUCGCUGGUGGUGGCGAUCUGUGCUCAGUGUUGGCUCCACUGGGCUCUUCAUCUUCCUCUACUCAGUUUUCUACUAUGCCCGGCGCUCCAACAUGUCAGGGGCGGUACAGACAGUAGAGUUCUUUGGCUACUCCUUACUCACAGGUUACAUCUUCUUCCUUAUGUUGGGUACCAUUUCCUUUUUUUCUUCCCUGAAGUUCAUCCGCUACAUCUAUGUUAACCUCAAGAUGGACUGAACACUGGGGGGCAAAACUAUUGCUCUGCCCUCCCGUUCGUUCUUCACACCCUACUGAUGUCUUACCAACUCUUCUCACUGAAUGACUCAAUUGUGCGCCGGCACUUGUAGCCUUCCCCUCCGUGCGCUGGGCCUCCCUUCCCCAGAGAGGCCUGGGAAUUAUAAAUCUCUAUACAAGGAGUAUAUAUUUGAACAUUUUAAGUUGCCUUUCGUUUUGGCCCUGACUUUUCAUUUUACAAAUAUCAAAAUAAAAUUUAUUAAGAA